GUGGACCCCAGCAGCCCCCGGCACGGGGGGGAACUGGUGGCUGAGGUGCUGAAGGCCCAUGGAGUCAAGUUCCUCUUCACCCUGCCUGGAGGCCACAUCUCCCCCGUGCUCGUGGCCUGUGAGAAGGUUGGGAUCCGCGUGGUGGACACGAGGCACGAGGCCACCGCCGUCUUCGCCGCCGACGCCGUCUCCAGGCUCUCAGAAGGCUGUCGUGGUGCUCACGUGGGGUCUGGGCAGGGUCGAGGAGCUCUGCAGGACAUCGAUCAGCUCUCGCUGUUCCGGUCGCUGUGCAAGGCCACGGAGUCGGUGGGAGCCGUGCGCGACAUCGUCCCCACCCUGCGCAGAGCCAUCGCCACCGCGCAGUCAGGGACACCCGGUCCUGUGUUCGUGGAACUCCCCAUCGAUGUCCUCUACCCGUUCCACGUGGUGCAGAAGGAGAUUGGAGGCUCCAAGACCCCCAAGGGGCUGCGGGGGAAGGUGGUGCAGUGGUACCUCCAGAACUACCUGAGGAACCUGUUUGCAGGAGCUUGGGAGCCUCGGGACGUGUCACCUCUACCCGUCCAUGUCCCUCUGGCCCCU